AUGCCAACGUACCAUGCUCGCAGCAUCACCGUCCGUCUGGGCUCCAUGCCCCUGGCCGAGACAAUUACCAGCAACAUUGUCCUCAGGAAGGGUGAAGUGGCUAAGCGACAGUGUGAGGCUGCUGAGAAGAAGCUGUCGCGCAGUUUUCUCCUUGAUGAGAAGCGCGUGUUCUUCCCUGGUGAUCCAGACGGCUAUGAGCUGAACUGGCUGGGAAACGCGCCCUUCAUGCAGGUCCAGGCCGACGGCGGCUUCAUCCAACCCUCAGGGCUGUAUGCUAGCUCUUAUAGGUCUAUCGCGUCAGAAGACAGUCGCCCACAAGCGCUCUCCCUGCACGUCAAGCUCUCCGAUAAGUCUUUCGUCUCUGGUCUUUCAUGCAAGACCCACCUAAAGAUUGAAGUAUUCUUUAAUGGUCAGCUCUCAACCUGCUCUCUAGUCCAUACCAACGACAUACGAUCAGGUGCCAAGUCGCUUCAUCAGGUCUUCGCCGGCUCCAGGGUGGACUUCCUUGCGGAGAGGCCGUGGGUCAUACUGCCACCGUAUACGACUGCUGAUGGUGGAACGAGACGGUUCCGCAAAACCAUCACUCCGUCAGAGCGCUGGACGCAGAUCAGUGAUGCGUUGCGGAAAGAAUCUGAAGGGCGAGGUACCAACAAAGGCGGCCAAUCGCCACCGUCUGCUGAAUUCUUGAGCGCAUUGGCAAACAUGCAAAUGCCGGAAACCGUCAAAGAUAUGCAGAAGCCUGGCGGUAGAAAGCUCGGAGUCGUGGACGUUGUCAUUACGGCUGGUAUAGGCAGCAAACUCACCGCCGGCAUCAACUAUUUGAAGAGCCCACAGAGACUCAAGGAUUCGGACUACACCGUGCGAACCGGAACCAGACCUAAGAACAAAGUCGCCACAUUCGAAAUUGACCGUACUCAAUACGCCAAGGAGACUCCAGACUUGGUCGAUGCAGACGCAGACGCAUGCGCAAACGCAGAAAAAGACAACGAUACACUGUGGGAGCGCCCGAACAAGCGUCGAGCACUUUCUCCGAUGGUGAUGGUUUCGCAACCCAUAUUGCACAAUCCAGACUCUGAGGGUCUGUUUCCGGGUAUGCAGAUACCUUACCUGUCUCCGCCAAAGGGUGCUAUGUCCCGGAAUGACCUAGCUUCAGUCACAGAUAGAGUGAGCCCACGGUGCCCAUCACCGGAGCACCGCAGCGAUGGACACAAAGAGCCGUUGCCUCUGACUGACUGUUACCGCACUUACGAGACGAAGCGCGAAAGCUCGAAAGCACAGGACUGGAACAGCGACGCAUCCCGCAUGUUCCAGGAGUACCGCUUUUCAUCGCCGAACUGUCAAACAAGCGUUCCACUCACAAAUUCCAUGCAUCCGAACCCACUUGAGGUGCCGUCCUUCGAUACUACGAGUAGAUGCGAAGCGUUUGGUGGCUUAUCUUUCAUCACUUCUACUCCAGACUCGAGCGCUGCGAUGCAAGCUUUCGGCGAUUAUCGCGCCUAUCUUCCACAGCUCUCUUUACCUAGUGGAGUCGAGGCACCGGUCUAUACUACCACUUCAAGUUCUCCUGUUUCAUAUGUGGCCUCUACAGCGUGGAUGCACCCUGCUACCAUGGGUCCAUCAAAUGCAACGACAAGACCCGAUUAUUACUCCACGUACCUCCCACAACAGAAUUUGCUGGAAUCCUACUCUUCAGGUCUAAACAGGUUGCCGAAUUGUCCACCCCACACAUCACCCUUUUUCGGAUACCAACGACCCGCACGGUAUGCAGUGCCGUCAACGCCCCCGCCAAUGGUGUGGCAGUCGUCCGGACCACUUCCGCCAACAGCAAUGUUCGCUGUUACAUCGAAACCCAAACAAGGUGCAUCGCCAACUGAAGACAUGACAUUGAUCGAUCUGAGGGCUUCUCGUCCACGUGUAAUAGUGAAUCGUCUUGUAAUCACAGGGCUGAAUGGAAAGACGGUAGUGGACCAUCGAUGGAAGGUCGCUCAACAUCUUAUUGUGAACCACGACUGCUCAGACGAAGCCAUUAUCAGGGAAGGAAAUGAAGCACUUGGUUCGGAGCACCAUGAGCUAAAAGCUGGGUCUUAUCCGUGGAAGCAUGGUGUUUCACGUAGCAGGCGUCCUCGAAUGAGCUUCCCUAACAAGUUGCGUUCGGAUCGGAUCGAGCAGUGCGCCCGUGGACAGCAAUCAAACAACAUCCAGGACGGUCAAGCCAAACAACCAAUCGGUGUAUCGCUCCCAUACCUACGAAAGCAUCAGGGUCCGGAGAACAAGAUUCUCCCGGCUAAUUCCAAGAUCGACGUUCCAGACAUGAUCGCUCCAUUUGUGUCUGUACUGUUACCGACUACCACGUUCACCCCAACACCGACGGCUGCAUUCCUGAAAACACUGACGACCACAUCUGCAGACCGGUCUACUGUGGCAAAACGCCGUACUCUGUCUCGGAAUGCGUUUUCUGGCAUACAGGGCCCUAAAGCAGCCACUUUCCUCCUAGAUGACCCGGAGGAAGUUAUACGGGAAGCAGCCAAAAUAAGGCGUUCCGGAUCACCUAUCAAGCUAGCAAACAUAAUGUCUAUUCCAUCGAUCAUGCUAUCAACCCAAGUCGGCUCACCAAUUCCCCAGGCAGACCCAGGCGAGUCAUCUCCGCUUUCGAGUGUGCCUUCCUCUCCUUUGCCAGAAAGAGUAUUCGGAGAAGCUGUGACCACAAUUUCGAUCUUGGACCAGAUUCCACAGCUCGACGGAUCUCCCGAGCGUACAAUCCCAACAGCAUCGCCACAUAAGUUGCAAACACCAUCACCCACGAAAUCGUCCUUCCCAACGUCGACGCCUCAACGCACAGGCCUUGUUAUGCUCCAGACGCCAGUCUCGCCCGAAUCAAAGAAACGCAAGGCUUCCCAUCGAUCACCAACCAAGCCGCCACGAAGCCCUGACCGCCUCAAGACAGUAGGAAACCCGCCGCUAAAUGAUGAUUGUGUUGUCGCGUUCGCUGAGAGCGAAGACAAGCGCGACGAGAGGGGUGUUCUCAGACAAGUCAAGGGAGAGAGACAGGGUGUAUUCAAGGAAGACUAUGUGGUGCUUGCUGUAAGGUUCUUCAUUGCCGGAGAUUGA